CAUCAACAGCUGAAAAACCAGGGAGCGAAUUCUUUCAUGAGGGAAAUUUUUGGUAUUUUGUGACAAGGACCAGACUCAAUGCACGUUCAAUGAAGCCCAACAGAACUAUUCGAAUUAAUCCCUUCCUUGGAAAGUGGAGGAAGUAUGGUGUUACUGAGAAGAUCACUCAAGGAGAUGUGUUCCUUGGUAAAAAAACACACAUAUGAUUAUCUCAACCAACAAAAUUUGAAGACAGGAUGGAGAAUGAGAGAGUAUGAAAGGCAAGGGAAUGCAUUUCAACGGCUAGUGGUGGUGUAUCUGUUGUACAAAACCACUUUGGACCAGACUCUUCUUGAUGAUCAGCAACAUGUGCAACAGGAGAAUGAGGUUCAUGCUCAUGGAAACGUGGUGGGAGUUGAUGAUGUUGUUGAUCAGGAGGUGGAGCACCAUCAGAUUGAUCGAGACGUUGUGGAGCAAAUUGUCAAUAACCAGCAACAGGGGAAUGAUGUUCAUGCUCAUGGAAACAUGGUGGGAAUUGAUGAUCUUGUUGAUCAGGAGGUGGGGCACCAUCAGUUUCAUGGAGAGCAAAUUGUUAAUAACCAGGUAAAACAAAAAUACCUUAGUUGAGAUUUUGUAGGAUGUUUUUGAUAUAGAUUGAUGAAAAUCUGAGAAUUUAUUUGAUAAUGAUAAUAUGAGAUUUAUUUUUGAAUUGUAGAAUUAGGCUCAUGGAAUCGUGGAUGACUGGGAUGACGUUUUCGACCAUCUUGGGGUAAUUCUCCAUUUUUCACAUACAUAUUUUUUUUAGGUAUUGUUUCAAACUAACAUUUAAUUUUGACGUGCAGGAUUUUUGAACCAAGUUGAGUUUUUAAAGUGUUUUGAGCUUGAAGACUUUUAGCUAAUAUUACUUGGAUUUAGUUUGUAUUUCAGACUAGUCUCGUCCUAUCUUUAGUAUAUUGGCUCUGUUUUCUUGUUGGUGUUAACCCAUUUCAAUUUUAGAUGCUCUCACUACACAAAAAUAUAUUUCAAAAACUCUUUUGUUAUUUGUAAAACUUUUCAGAACAGCCAAAUGUUAUCAUCUAACAACCGGUCAUAUUUCUUUA